AUGGUGAACAGAAGUACACAAGCGUGGCAAGGCUCAGCUUAUUUUCUCCCUUGCGACAACGAGGAAUCUCAUCGUCUCUCUCUCCAACAUGAGUUUAUUACCCGCACACUUUCAGGCUCGCUCCUCCUACUCCCCAAGUCCUUCAUCUCCAACUUAGAUUCUGAGGAUACCAAGGUCCUCGAUGUAGGCACUGGUAACGCGGUGUGGCUCUCUGACUUCCAUUCCAUGAUUUCCUCCACCGCACAGCUUGUUGGGAUCGAUAUCGAAGGCAGAAUGUAUCCCGCCAAGUACCCACUACAAAUGAGCUUCGAAGUCGGCUCCGUCUUGUCAUUGCCCACAAGCUGGUCAAACAGCUUCGACUUAGUGUACCAGCGUCUCCUCCUCGCCGGACUCAAGAUUUCGGAUUGGCCAACUGCCAUCUCGGAAGACUUUCGCGUACUGAAAAGUGGAGGGUAUGUUCAGCUUGUCGAGGUUGACUUGCGCAAUAUGGACGUCGGACCGAAUUCUGCACGCCUGCUUGACACCCUCAAGAAGCUGUUCGCUAUGAACAACAUGGACCUCAACCAAGCAGAUUCCUUGCCUUCUCUUGUUAAGGGAGCUGGCUUUGUUGAUGUACAAGUGCAUGACAAAGAAUGGAGAUUACAUGGGGAUUCAAACGUACUAUCGAGAGAGAAUGCUCUCAGAGGCCACAGAGGCCUUAAGGGUCCGGUCGUCAAGUACGGCUUGUUUAGCUCCGACGCUGAAUUUGACGAUAUGAUGACUGGAGUGGAAACGGAAUGGAAGUCUACUCUUGGGAAAGCUUUGAUUAUACGUGUCAUUACAGGCAGAAAGCCAUAG